AUGCGGGCAGCGAGGCUCCAGCUGGCCGCGGUGCUGGCUCUGUUUGCCGCAGUGUCCGGGUCGCGGGCGGAGGUGAUCGACGACGUCCUGAGCAGCCUCUCCAGGGGAGCAUCCUUCCUGGAGCAGCAACACGAGCACAUCAACCUGGACGGGGUGGUCGGGUUCCUCAUGCUGCAGGCUGAACUGAAGGAGGCAGUUCGGACAUGGCCUCACACGGACCCCGUCAGCUGGGCUCAGAGAACCUCCGCCGUCGCGCUGGUCAAACGCCUCGAUCAAAGCUUUGACAAGGCUGUCGCCGCCCUGCAGCAGAACGACCCCAAAUACUUCAGAGAGUUUGAGCCGCUGCUGUCGUGGAGUUUCUGGUUGAUUCCUCAGGAGUGGAGCUCCACAGAUCCCAGCCUGGUCUACCCCUCCACCCUGACCACCGAGUGCUACGACGAGCAGCUCAGCGACAAAUGUCUGACCCUGCUGCUGGGAACCUGGAAGAUGAACGGGACGCCCUGCAUCGUCACCAAGCCCUGUCGGGACACCAUGACCCGUUUCGGUUGUCCACACUACUCUCUGUCCCACCAGCUGCUCUACUUCAUGAUCGGAAAAAUGAGAGGCUGCACCAACCUGCUGAAAGGCGACACGCGAGCGUCCCGCGCCAACAUUACCGAGCGAAACUAUCAGAGGAUCUUCUGCUCCAACAUGAUGAAAACCAACCAGGACAUCAUCAAGGACGGUCUGACCGAACAAACGGUCGACAUCUUCAUUGAAAACAUCCUGAUUUGUGGGUUGGCCGGUUUCUCCGACUUCUACAAAGCUGACUGGCUGCAGCACAUCCUUAGCCUGCAGGAUGAGGAAGUCGGCUGCUUUGGGAGAGACAAGAGCAUCAUCUCUCAGAUCAUUGGAGACGAGCUGCUGGAACAGCUGCAGCCUCACCGGAGAGUGAAGAGGAGGGAGAAGAUUCUUCCAGACGGCUGCUCCAGUCACAUGACAGCGGUGGCUGUCGGUGCUCUGGGUGGAUACCUGAACUAUUACCUGACAGAGCAGGACAUAACGAAGAGGCCGCUCUCCUGA